AUGUCCAACCCAGCCCCCCUUGACGCCAAGGUCUCCUCAAUCCUCGGCCAGAAAUUCGACUCCUCAAGAACCGACCCCGACGACCUCGACGAAGACGCCCUCUUCGACGAACUCGAAAAAGAAGAUGACACUGCCUACCGCGCUCACCGUCUUGAACAGCUCCACAAAGAAGUAACUUCUGCAAAAGAAGCCCUCAAACAAAAUUCCCAUAACAGCGGCAACAACACAACAACAAUAGACGCAUUCUAUCCCACAUUAGUGGACGACCGAGCCGUCCUGGACCUCACAACGAAUAAUGAGCGCUGCAUUGUCCAUUUCUCGCACACAGAUUUUGCGCGCUGCGCAGUUAUGGAUGAGCAUUUGCGUCUUCUUGCGCCGCGACACCACGAAGUUCGAUUUGCGCGUGUGGAUGUACGGAAUUGUCCCUUUGUCGUUGAGAAACUUAAUAUUCGUGUUUUGCCGUGCGUUAUAGGCUUUGUGGAUGGGAAUGGGAAAGAGCGGAUUAUUGGGUUUGAAGGGUUGGUGUCGAUUGGAAAGAGUGCACUCAGGGGGAAAGGGGCGGAUAAUUUUAGGACGACGGAUUUGGAGAAGAGGUUAUUGUCAGCCGGAAUUUUGGUGAGGGGGAAGUAUGUUGAGGAGAUGAGGGGAAUGGGACAUGGUGAUGACGAGGGUGAUGGGAGUGAGAGUGAAUUGGAAGAUGGGAGAAGAGGGAAGUCGUCACGAAAGGGGAUACGGGAUGGGACGAGCAAGCAACGAUAUGCUGAGGAUGAUAGCGAGGAUGACUGGGAUUGA